GCAAUUUAGAAUUUUGAAUUGAGAACGCGUUUAAGGAUCGCGUGUUCAGGUAGACUCAAAGAGGGAGAAAUUAAGUGAACGAGGAAGAGGACGCGAAAGGCUUAGGGCGUCGGAUCAGGGAUUCCGUUCUGGUCGUCGUCUCCUCUUCGCUCUUCCCUUCGAAGCGAUCUGGAGACAUCGGACAGGGACGAGCAAGAUCUAUCUCGCUUCUAAGUGUGUCGUCGAGGGGAGCACGGGCAGGGUCAGGCAGUGGAGCUUGAGGGAACUUGCUAGUGUACCUCGAAGCUUGUAGGAGGAAGCAUCAGGGAGUACCUCUUGGCUUUGGUACCGUCGCAGCGACAAUGGCAAGAAAAUUCAGUGUAGCAGUAGGUUCACAAGUCUGGGUUGAGGAUCCUGAUGUCGCUUGGAUAGAUGGAGAAGUCUUGGAGGUCAAGGGCAGUGAGAUUAAGAUCAGCUGUAGCACUGGGAGAACGGUGACUGCUAAGAUCUCUGAUGUCCACCCUAAGGAUCCUGAAGCUUCACCUAGUGGAGUGGAUGACAUGACCAAACUUGCUUAUUUGCACGAACCAGGCGUGCUACAAAACUUGAGAGCUAGAUAUGACAUUAAUGAAAUUUAUACUUACACCGGAAAUAUUUUGAUUGCUGUCAACCCCUUCCGACGUUUGCCUCAUCUAUAUGAUCGAUAUAUGAUGGAACAAUAUAAAGGGGCAGCUUUUGGCGAAUUAAGUCCCCAUCCUUUUGCUGUUGCGGAUACUGCCUAUCAAUUGAUGAGAAAUGAGGGAAUAAGUCAAUCAAUUUUAGUAAGUGGGGAAAGUGGAGCAGGUAAAACAGAAAGCACAAAGAUGAUCAUGCGUUAUCUCGCCUUCAUGGGUGGUAGAGCUGCAUCAGGAGGGCGAACUGUUGAGCAACAAGUGCUGCAGUCUAAUCCUGUUCUUGAAGCCUUUGGAAAUGCAAAGACAGUAAGAAACAACAACUCAAGCCGUUUUGGCAAGUUUGUCGAGAUUCAAUUUGAUGAGAGGGGAAGGAUCUCCGGAGCUGCCAUCAGAACUUACCUUCUUGAAAGAUCUCGCGUUUGUCAGAUAUCUGAUCCCGAAAGAAAUUAUCACUGCUUUUACAUGCUCUGUGCAGCCCCACCAGAAGAUCGUAAGAGAUACAAGCUGGAAAAUCCCAGGACCUUUCAUUAUCUCAACCAAUCCAACUGCUAUCAGCUUGAUGGGGUAGAUGAUUCCAAGGAGUAUGAGGAAACUAAAAAGGCUAUGGACAUCAUUGGCAUCAGUUUUGAUGAACAGGAUGCCAUUUUCCGAGUCGUAGCUGCUAUUCUCCAUUUGGGAAAUAUUGAAUUCACAGAUGGACAGGAAACAGAUUCUUCUCAACCCAAAGAUGCAAAAUCAUGCUUCCAUUUGCAAACUGCUGCUGAGCUAUUCAUGUGUGAUGAAAAGGCUCUUGAAGAUUCUUUAUGUAAGCGUGUUAUUAUUACUCGUGAUGAGAACAUAAUAAAAACCUUGGAUCCAGAGGCUGCAACUUUAAGUAGAGAUGCCCUUGCAAAAGUUGUAUAUUCAAGAUUGUUUGAUUGGCUUGUAAAUAAGAUCAACAACUCAAUUGGUCAAGAUCCUAAAUCUAAGUGCUUAAUCGGAGUGCUGGAUAUAUAUGGCUUUGAAAGUUUUAAGACUAACAGUUUUGAGCAGUUCUGUAUCAACCUGACGAAUGAAAAAUUACAGCAACACUUCAAUCAGCAUGUUUUUAAGAUGGAACAAGAAGAAUAUACUAAGGAAGAGAUCAGUUGGAGUUAUAUAGAGUUUGUUGAUAACAAGGACAUCCUAGAUCUUAUUGAAAAGAAACCUGGUGGAAUAAUUGCUCUCCUGGAUGAGGCUUGCAUGCUGCCCAGAUCAACACAUGUAACUUUUGCUCAGAAACUCUACCAGGCUUUUAAAGAUCAUAAGCGCUUUAGCAAGCCAAAAUUAUCCCGUUCUGACUUUACCAUUUGUCAUUAUGCUGGUGAAGUCACAUAUAAGACAGAGUUGUUUUUAGACAAGAACAAGGACUAUGUUGUUGCUGAGCAUCAGGCUCUCUUGAGUGCUUCUAGAUGUUUUUUUGUUUCAAAUUUAUUUCCACCUCUGUCUGAGGACACUUCAAAAUCUUCAAAGUUCUCAUCAAUUGGCUUAAGAUUCAAGCAACAACUGCAAUCUCUUCUGGAAACUCUUAAUGCCACUGAGCCACACUAUAUUCGCUGUGUUAAACCCAACAAUCUUUUGAAACCAUCAAUAUUUGAGAAUCAUAAUGUUCUUCAACAACUCCGCUGCGGGGGAGUGAUGGAAGCCAUUAGAAUAAGCUGUGCCGGAUAUCCAACAAGGCGUGCAUUUUCCACAUUUGUUGACCGUUUUGGCAUUCUCGCACCAGAAGUUUUAGAUGGAAGAAGUUAUGAUGAUAUCACUGCGGCAAAGAGAUUGCUAGAGAGGGCAGAUCUCAAAGGUUACCAGAUUGGAAAGACAAAGGUGUUUCUUCGAGCUGGUCAAAUGGCUGAACUUGAUGCCCAUAGGAAGGAAGUUCUGGGAAGAUCUGCUAGCACAAUCCAAAGAAAAGUUCGGUCAUACCUUGUCCGCAGGGCUUUCAUUGUUCUUAAGAAAUCAGCCAUACAGAUUCAAACCACAUGCAGAGGACAAUUGGCAAAGCAAAUUUAUGAGAGCAUGCGUAGACAAGCUGCUGCAAUUCGAAUUCAGGCAUUUUUCCGCAUGCAUCUUGGAAGGAAUGUGUAUGGAGAGUUAUUGUCUUCGGCUAUUACCAUCCAGGCUGGUUUACGGGGGAUGUCUGCUCGUGAGGAAUUUCAUUUUAGGAGGCAGACAAAAGCUGCAAUUAUUAUUCAGAGUCAUUGUCGUCAAUACUUCGCUUCUUUGAAUUAUUCAAUGACAAAGAAAGCUGCAAUCACUACUCAAUGUGCUUGGAGAGGAAGGGUUGCAAGAAAAGAUCUGCGAAUGCUUAAACUGGCGGCUAGAGAAACUGGUGCUCUUCAAGCUGCAAAGAAUAAGUUGGAAAAACAAGUUGAGGAACUUACAUGGCGUCUGCAGUUGGAAAAACGCAUGAGGGCUGACCUUGAGGAAAAUAAAACACAAGAGAAUGCCAAAUUGCAAGCUGCUUUGUUAGAAGUGCAACAACAAAGCAAGGAGGCUAAGUCUUUGCUAGCUAAGGAGCGUGAGGCUGCCAAAAAGGCUGCUGAGCUAGUUCCUAUUAUUAAAGAGGUUCCUGUUGUUGAUACAACGCUAAUGGAUAAGCUUAGAGGUGAAAAUGAGAAGCUCAAGGUUUUGGUGAGCUCACUGGAAAUGAAAAUUGAUGAAACUGAGAAGAAGUUUGAAGAAACAAGUAAAAUUAGUGAAGAAAGGUUGAAGAAGGCCAUGGAUUCUGAGGCUAAGAUAAUUCAGUUGAAUAAUUCAGUAUUGAGGCUUAAAGAGCAACUGUCUAACAUGGAAUCUGAGAAUCAGAUUCUGCGACAGCAGACCUUAUUGCAUUCCCCUGUUAAACACAUGUCAGAGCAUUUAUCAAAUCCAACUACUCCUUCCAAACAUAAUUUGGAGAAUGGUGAUCAUCAUAUUGAAGAGCCAAAGGAACCUCAGAGUGCCCCACCAGCAUUUAAGAACUAUGAGAAUGCUGAAGCUAAGUUGAGCAAAUUGUAUGCUGAGAAACAACUUGAGAGUUUUGAUGCCCUAGUCAGUUGUGUCAGAAGAAAUAUUGGAUUUAGCCAGGGAAAACCAGUUGCUGCAUUAACCAUAUACAAAUGCCUUCUUCACUGGAAAUCCUUUGAAGCUGAGAGGACUAGUAUUUUUGAUCGUCUCAUCCAGACGAUUGGCUCUGCAAUUGAAAAUGAAGAGAGUAAUGAUCAUCUUGCUUAUUGGCUUUCAAAUGCUUCUAAUUUGUUGUUUUUGCUGCAAAAAAGUCUAAAGGCCUCGGGAGCUAAUCAACGUCAAAGACCACCUGCUCCAACAUCUUUGUUUGGGAGAAUGACCCAAUCAUUUCGUUCUUCGGCAUCUUUCAAUAACCUUGCUGUGGACGGCCUGGAUGUUGUGCGCCAUGUUGAAGCAAAAUAUCCUGCCUUGCUUUUCAAGCAGCAGCUAACAGCUUACGUGGAGAAGAUUUAUGGAAUGAUACGGGAUAAUGUGAAAAAGAAUUUGUCUUCUAUGCUUUCACUAUGUAUACAGUCCCUAAGAACAAGGGAAACAAUGUUGCGAGGCUCUGGGCGUUCAUUUGGAAAAGAAGGACAAAGUAACUACUGGAAGGCCAUUGUUGAGAGUUUAGCUGACCUUCUGAAGAUGCUGCAAGAAAACUGUGUGCCUUCUAUUCUGAUUGAAAAAAUGAACAUGCAGAUUUUUUCAUACAUAAAUGUACAAUUAUUUAACAGUUUGCUGCUUCGUCGUGAGUGUUGCUCCUUCAGCAAUGGGGAGUAUGUAAAAGAUGGUUUGGCUGAGCUGGAGUUGUGGUGUGUGAAAGCAAAACCAGAGUAUGUUGGAUCAUCCUGGGAUGAACUUAAACACAUCAGACAAGCUGUUGGUUUCUUGGUUAUAUUCCAGAAGUAUAGAAUUUCAUACGACGAGAUAGUCCAUGACCUAUGCCCGGUUCUCAGCGUGCAGCAACUUUAUAAAAUAUGCACACAAUACUGGGAUGACAACUACAACACAAAGACUGUUUCUCCAGAGGUUCUUUCAAGAAUGCAAGUACUGAUGGCAGAGGAUUCUAACAUUGCCGAAAGCAGUUCCUUCCUGUUAAAUGAUAACUCCAGCAUUCCUUUCUCAGUUGAUGAUAUGUCUAGUACUCUACAAGCAAAGGAUUUCUCAGACGUCAGAUCAGCAGAGGGACUCAUUCAGAACCCAGCCUUCCAAUUUUUGCAGGAAUGAGACUUUGUGUUUGCGCGAAAUUCUCCUGAACAUGUCGACCAUGUUCGUCAGUUGCAAAAAUGUUAUAAAUUCAUUCUUUGUCAAUAUAUGUUUUCCCACUCCAUGUCAAAUAGUAAAAAAAAAUUGAGUUCAUAGAUGUCUAGAAUUGUUCGAGUGAGUCGGGGAGUGAGCAUCAAUCUCCCAUUAGGUCCUUGUCUUUGGUGUUUUAUAAAGGCAGCAUUCUUUGGUCCUAGAUUAUUUGUUCAGUUCAGAGAAGGAACAGGAACAGGUCACUCAGUACUCCUGAUGUCAUAUAUGAUAUAGAUGCAAAGCAACAAUCUAUAGGGGAAAGUAUUUAGAUUGAUUCUUUUGUUUUGAUAACUAAGCCAAUUGAUUAUAUUUUUGUGACAAUAAUUCAUUUUUGUGGUCUGUCAAUGAGAUAUGUUUAUACUA